AUGUUCAAACGCCUCGCCCUUGGCCUGCUGGCCGUUCAGGCUGUGGCCGCCACACGCUUUGCCAUGUACAUUGACGAAUGGCAUGUAACCGCUCUCCCAGGCAAGGACAAGACUGAGGGCAUUGACUACGCCAUUAUGAGCUUCGCUGCCUCAACGCUAUUCAAUUCGGACACGCCUGCAGCUUACAAACCAUUUGAGCCCCCGGCGACCAUGCGCAAUCGCUUCAGCCCCAAUACCAAGCUAAUGGUUGCUAUCGGUGGCUGGGGUGACACUGCUGGUUUCUCCGAGGGAGCAAAGGACGAGGCUUCGCGCGCGCGAUAUGCUAAGAACGUCGCUGCGAUGCUCGACACACAUGGAUUCGACGGUGUCGAUAUUGACUGGGAAUACCCCGGCGGCAACGGUGAAGAUUACAAGAAGAUCCCUAACUCAAAGAAAGUGUCCGAAAUCGAAACCUACCCUCUCUUCCUAGAGGCUAUCCGUAAAGCAAUUGGCAACAAGACCCUCUCCAUCGCAGUGCCCGGUCGGAAGCAGGACUUCAUCGCCUACACCAAGGAACAGGGCCCUAAGAUCUUCAAGUCUGUCGACAUCAUCAAUGUCAUGAGCUACGAUCUGAUGAACCGCCGCGACAAUGUUACCAACCACCAUACCGGCGUGCAGGGUUCCCUGGACACCAUCGACGAAUAUCUCGCAAUUGGAGCUACUCCCGAGAAGAUUAACCUCGGCUUCGCGUACUACGCCAAGUGGUUCACCACCGAUCCCAACUCCGAUUGUAAUGAGAAUCCCAUCGGUUGCCAUCUUGCCAAGCUCGAGAACGACGAUGGAUCGGACAAUGGCAAGUCCGGUGCUGUGACCUUUGAGGCUAGCAAUAUGUCCCCUGCACCUAAGGAUCUGAAAGAAGGUACCGGAAUGUGUGGAUUCGCAGCGAAGGCCAAGUGCCCGUCAGGGUCGUGCUGCAGUGCUUCUGGCUAUUGUGGUACUACUGAUCAGCACUGCCAGGCCGGAUGUCUCUCGGACUAUGGUACCUGCAAGGGGAUCAAUAUCAUCGACUCGUGGCGCAAAGCUCAGAAGGAUGGCAAGACCGAUGCGAAGGGCGGUGGUCAGUACUACUUCGAUAGCGACAACCACAUCUUCUGGACUUGGGAUACCCCCGAAUUGAUUGCCCGCAAGUUCACGGAAAUCGUCGCGGCGAAGAAACUUGGUGGUGUCAUGGCUUGGAGCUUGGGCGAGGAUACCUACAAGUUUGAGCACUUGGCGGCUAUGCAGAAGGGUCUUAAGUCCCAUCCUGCUAAGAUCGACGGACCCCCCAAGGUUGUGACGUCCCCAAAGCCUACAAUGUCCCCAAAGCCUACGAUGUCCCCGAAACCUGAGACAUCCCCAAAGCCUGAGGUGUCCCCAAAGCCUGAGGUGUCCUCGAAGCCUGAGCCUGAGACCGGCUGCUUUUUGUGCCUACUAGAUUGGAUCACUGGCUGA